AUGAGAUUAAAGAAUUCAGAAUCCCUUCUGAAAAAGAUUCCCUUUCACGGGCAACACGUCCACACUCGAAGGGAAAUCCUACACAAGAUGCAGAAAGUAGCCCUGUUCAAGAUUGAAAGCUACUGGCUCCCCAACUUCUUCAACCAUUGCAAGUUAAGCAUGGAGGAGGAGCCCAAAUGUCUCCAUCUACUCAAGCAGUAUCAGGACCCCUCGCUCCACCUUAGCCUGAAGAGGCAGAAGUUAUUACCUCUGGCUCCAAUGAGCAUCCGAGGAAGCAGCUUGGAUGCUAAAUCCUACUUCAGUUUGAAAAACAAAAGGGAACUUUGGGAUCAGAUGAGAGGCAGGAGCGUUUCUUACAAAGGGAAAAAGAAAGAUGGCCGCAGCCAGAAGCUCAAAUUUCAUAAAGGUAGUCCCAAGAAGCUGACCUUCUCCAGAAAGAGCUUCUCAAGUCCAAGUCCUCCUCGCAAAGAACUCAAGUGGGACUCUGAAGAUGUGACGUCUUUUGAUGAAUCGUUGAACUUCAGAAGCAGUCCGAGCGAGUUCUUCACCUCCCCUGUCUCAGAUGAGUUCCCUGACAAGUUCACCUUCAACAAAUUGCCCUCCUCCACUCCUGUAGUGCAGUUCCCUUCCAUGCUCGCUCUGAAGACUCUCGUCAAGUCUCACCCGUGCUUAGACUUCCUACCUUGGGUACUCACAGCUGACAAAUGCGCCGGACGACCCUUCAGGGAGUUUUUACUGCGGAGGAACUACGCAGUAGAGGUUCAUCUCCUUGACCUGUGGCAUGACCUGGAGGACUUCUUGCGCAUGAUGUUGUGCUCCCUUGGCGAAGGGAACAUCCUUCUGCGCCACGUGAUGGGGGAAAGGAUUUGUGAGCUGUAUCUGACACAGAGCAACAAUUGGCAUCUGCCUCUGAAACUAACAACACUCCAGAGUUUGCAGAAUCUCCUGCCUUCUGGUCAUGUGAUUCCAUGGGUCCUGAAAGCACAGAAGGAAAUCUGUAAGAGUGGAAAGGAGAAGAAACCAACUGCAGAAGAGCCGUAUGACAGAACUGAGAACCUGCGGCUGAUCAAAAGGAUCGCUGAAUCCUUGCAUCUGAGCCAGGCCUUAGCUGGGAUGAGAGACAUUGAUCUUCUGACGCGAGACCACUGGCAACUGUUGGGCAUUCAGGACUUGGCCACGGGAGGCUCUAUUUUCAUGGAAUUGGAACCUGCUGCAUCACAGAUAGGUAAAUUGACAGAGUUGGCUCCGCAACACAGUGUGUAA